AUGGACGAUUAUAUGCCCUCGCGGUACCAGCCGCUGGGGCGCAUCGGCGAAGGCGUCCACGGAGUCGUCGUGAAGGCGCGCGAUCUGCAGGCGGACGACAAGAUUGUGGCCAUCAAGAAGCUGUCGCUGCGGACCAAGUUCGGGGUGGUGUCGCUGAACGCGGUCCGGGAGAUCCGUGCCCUGCAGCACUGCCGGUGUGAUAACGUGCUGGAGCUACUCGACAUGUACCCAGAUCUGGCCGGCAUCUCGCUGGUGUUCGAGUAUAUGCCCCACACGCUGCACAGCAAGCUGCGGGACGAGGAGAACCCGUUGUCCCGGGCAAGUGUCCGCCGGUACGCGGCGAUGCUGUUGCGGGGCCUGGCGUACCUGCACCGGUUGCGGUUGAUGCAUCGGGACGUGAAGCCGGCCAACCUUCUGAUCGACCGGCACGACGUGCUGAAGAUAGCGGACUUCGGGCUGGCCCGUAUCUACGCGGACGGGCAGCCGGACAAGCCGUACUCGCCGCAGGUCACCACCCGCUGGUACCGGGCGCCGGAGAUCCUGUGGGGCUGCCAGCGGUACGGGCCACCCGUCGACCUGUGGGCCAGUGGGGCCGUGUUCGCCGAGAUGUUGCGCGGGGUGCCGCUGUUCGCCGGCGCCACCGACAUCGAGCAGCUCGCGCUGGUGGUCCGGACGCUCGGCACGCCCAACCUGAAGGACUGGCCCGAGGUGCGAAGCCUGCCGGAUUAUAACAAAAUCCGCUUUCCGAAUGCGCGUGGCGAACGCUGGGAGGACAUCUUCCCGAGCUGCACGACCCGCGACGAGCUCGGGUUGGUCGACGGGCUGGUGCGGUAUAAUCCCGCCAAGCGGCUGACGGCUGACGAGGCCCUACUGCAUCCGUACUUCAGCGAGGCGGGCGGAGAGUGA